CGAGAAUCGCGGCGUGGGACACAAGCUCGAAAGGAAACCACACGAUUUGCCCACUUGACGCUUGAAGGCUUCAUCUCCUUGCCAAGAGCCAUGUCGUCCACACUCGCAGGCCCAUUGACAGAUCACUGUUUUACUUCAGUCGCACACAGUGGUACACCCAAGGGUGAAAGCAUUACCAUAGCUGGCGUACCGACAUACCUAUCUACUCCGCAAGCUUCCGCUGCGUCCGCAGUAGACACUGUCAUCCUAUACUUCUCAGAUGUCUUUGGGCCAUUCUAUAUCAAUGCUCAACUGGUUCAAGAUUACUACGCUUCCCAGGGUUUCACCGUGGUUGGAAUAGAUUACUUUUUUGGUGAUCCUGUUCAUCUGCAUCUCAACAAGCCUGGGUUUGAUCGCUCAACAUGGAGAACAAAGUCUGUCGAGCAAGCGAAGGCUAGCGUCCCAAAGUGGGUGGAUGGUGUCAAGGAAAUGUUCGGAACGAAUGUGAAAUACUGUGCCGUCGGUUUCUGUUUUGGCGCGCCCUAUGUCUUUCAGGUUGCAGCUACUGAUAUGCUAUCGUGUGCUGCUGUGGCCCAUCCUACGAGCUUGACCGAGGAGCUUCUGAGAGCCAGCAAAGUGCCCUUGUUGUUCUCUUGCGCAGAAACGGACUCCGCAUUCCCAGCGACGUUCCGACGACAAGUUGAAGACAUCCUUGUGGAGAAGAAGGCGACAUACUAUUUUCAGAUAUUCAGCGGUGUAUCGCACGGCUUUGGAACAAGGGGAGAUCCAGAAGUCGAGACUGAAAGGUGGGCGAAGGAAGAAUGCCAGCGUGCGAUGGUAGGAUGGUUCAAACGCUUUACGAGUAGCAAGUGAUAUAUGCUGUUAUUUCGAAAUCACAGACUGUUUCAGUAAAUCGUACUCAUAAAUAUUGUGGCUUUACUCUGGAUUGUUUCAAAUGAGUUUUCAGGGACAGAUAUUGUU